AGGAGGUGACCCUCUGUGCUUGGGAAUCACUUCCAAUCCCUGCAGACUCUUGCUUGUUUCUCAGCAAGUACCAGCUAACCUCAGAAUCCCUUUACAACAUGGCACCAAAGAAGAUUGAACCAAAGAAACCCGAGCCCAAAAAGCCAGAGCCUAAGAAAGACGCGGCUCCAGCUGCUAAGCCAGCUCCUCCUCCAGAGCCACUGCCUGAGCCACCCAAGGAGCCUGAGUUUGAUCCUAAAAGCAUCACUCUCGAGUACAGUGCUGACCAGAUUGAGGAGUUCAAGGAGGCCUUCACCUUGUUCGACCGCACACCGACUGGAGAAAUGAAGAUCACAUAUGCCCAGUGCGGAGAUGUGAUGCGAGCUCUGGGCCAGAACCCUACUAAUGCAGAUGUGCUCAAAGUUCUUGGAAAACCACGGCCAGAGGACAUGAGCACUAAAAUGGUGGAUUUUGAGACCUUCUUGCCAAUGCUGCAACAUAUCUCCCGUGCAAAAGAUCAAGGCAACUUUGAGGAUUUUGUGGAGGGGCUCAGGGUUUUUGACAAGGAGGGCAACGGCACUAUCAUGGGAGCAGAACUGCGUCAUGUGCUGGCAACACUGGGAGAGAGGAUGACAGAAGACGAGGUGGACAGACUGAUGGCUGGGCAAGAGGAUGCCAAUGGGUGUAUCAACUAUGCCUCGUUUGUAAAGCAUAUUCUCUCUGGGUGAAAGGGACAUUUAACCAUAAAGACUUAAUUGUACCUCUAUUUUCUCCACCUUCUGGAUCCUUGCUAAACUUUCCUAUGUCCAUUUAGAGGUGAGCAUGUCACUUUGUCUGUGACAUUAUUUUGCUGUCAAAAGCAGUUAAUGUUCAGUGAAAAAAUGUUGGCCCCAAGACCUAUGAUUAGUUCUUUUUAAUAAGCAGUCUGAAAUAUAAUGGAAUGCCAGUGAGAUAAGGAUAUGGACAUCCAUAAAGAAAAUUCCAUUAAUAAAAGAAAUAUGAUUACAAA